UGUAAUUCCUCCUUUAAUUAUAUAUUAUAUUACACAAUAUGGGUGGAGCAUGAGGUAAUCUCCGAAGAGGCCGGAAGAAAUCAAGCAAGCGGCCCCAGAGUUCAGUCAUUCGAGGCACGAACAUUCCCAGACGGACCUCUGGGAUCGUCUCUCGUAGCAUAAACUCUUCUGUAAAUUUGAAUUUGGAAAAUCAGAGUAACUUAGAAGCAAGUGUGCCUUCUAGAAUUAUUACUAUUGGCCUUCAGCAAGCUGAGAGUGAGGUCGGGAUUAAUUUUCUUAAAUAAGGAGCUUUAUGAGACUCUCACUCCUAGAAGUCUGAAAUAAGUAUGACUCGAGAAGGAAGAAAUGGGAUAGAAUGGCACGAUUUAAUCCUCAAAGAGACGAUCACGUCAAUUCAAAAACUGUGUAUAAUAAGCUAAAAUUCUUCUUUGAGAAGGAUCCUGAUAAGUUUUGAGAACGUAUAGGAAAAGGUCCCCCUUGUGAAUAUCGAUGGCUUGCGUGGAAAAUUAUAUCUGGUGUCAACUAUUCACAAAUUCCAGGCUUGUAUAAGGAGCUGCUUGAGGAAGCUGACCAAAUUGAUGAGAAUGAGCAUGAUAAAUUAAGGCAAAUUAACCUUGAUUUAAAUAGGACUUUCCCUGAUUUCUCUUUCUUUAGUGGAGAGUCAGGCAGAAGAGGCCAGGAACUCCUUAAAAGAUCUCUUAGAGCAUACGCAAUGUACAAUAAGGAGGUUGGGUAUACCCAGAGCAUCAACUUUUUGAUGGGGUUCUUCCUUAUGGUUAACGGUGGGAACGACGAGGAAGCAUUCUGGUUGUUUGUGGCAAUCACUAAGAAAAAUCAAAAUUUUCAUAUGGUCGGAAAUUUCGAAGGCGGUCUUGAGGGAUUCUAUGCAGAUAAAUUUCCUCUUUAUCACCAAUUUGUGUAUCAGUUUGAUAAAUUAUUUGAGAAGAAGAUACCAAAACUGAAGGCACAUUUUGAUAAUAUUGGAUACCCAGCUCCAGUGUGGCUUCAAAAGUGGUUUAUGACCCUAUUUCUAUAUUCCUUCCCAAUGAAAUUAUGUAUCAGACUCUGGGACAACUUACUGGUCGAAGGAUUGGUAUAUAUCUUCAAAUUCCCUUUAGCAAUCAUGGAAAUUUUAGAGUCAACACUACUAAAGUGAAACUUUGAAGAAGUAAACGAAAUUCUCUCAAACCUUCGGACUAAAGAUGAUCCUGAUCUACAAGAUUCAGCAGCUGUAUUACCUAGCACUGAGAAGAUCAUGCUUAAAGCUCGUAAGAUCAAGCUGGCUCAUGAAGAGUUGCAAGCCCUGAAGAAAGAGUAUGAGCUUGCUACCUCCCAGAACCGGCAAAUAAAGCGUAUCAAAACCUUGCCUAAAAUUAUGGAAGAAGAGGAUAUUUAUGAAGAAGUCAAAAAGAUGCAUUCCCAAUCUUUUGACGAAGAUUGAAUUUUACUGGAUAAUGAUGACAGCCAAUCAGACCAAAAGAAGUACGAACGAAGGAAUUCAAUUGGCAUGGUCCGGAUUCGGACCGGAAACACCUUGGAAGAUGAUGAACAUCUUUAUAAUGAUGAGAUAUUGGGAAAUAGAAGGUAUAGGAAGGUUAAAAGCACUAUGAGGAUUCGAGUCAACCAUCUUAAUUCUAGGCUGGAGUCUCAGAAUUCAGUGAAGAAGGAUUCCUUGCCUCAAAAUACCUUGGAAUUACCACCCAUUUUUGACAAUAAGGAGCAAAAAGAUGUUACUGCUGGUUUUCUGAAGAAUCUCAGUAUUGAGAGUUCAUUUGAAAAUGGGUCAAAGAAGGAGGAAUCUAUGAUAAACCCGAGUGCAGCUCUUCAUAAGAGCCAGAAAAGUUUAGGGAUAAUAUUGCCAAAGCUAUGAAAGAAAGCAGGAAGAGGAGUUCAAAAUAAUUUAGAUAACUCUCUGGUGAAUAAUAAUGCGUUUAAUAGUUUCUCCCAGUCUUUAGGAAGGUAUUCCUCAGUCCAGCAUAUCCAGCACGCUCAUACUGAUAGGGAGAUCAUGGAGGAGAUUAGUGAAAAUAUGAAUGAAUCGCUUGACAACUUUAUACUCAAUGAUAGCUUUGGCUUAGUCAAAUCUAAAGGAUCAAUUAUGAAAUUUAGGAGAGUUGCUACUGAUAUAGAAAAAUGAAAAUCCAACUCUUUAGCUACGAAGAGUCAAGAAAACAAUAAGGAAGAUCAUAAAACCAUCUCAAAAAGAGGAAACUACAUUGAGGGUAUUAGUCAUUCUGAACAUGAGAAUCUCCAGGAUAGCUUUCAACAUGCAAAUAGUGAUCUCUUUCUUGAAUCCCAAAAGAACGGCCAUAUACGAAUCAUCGACCUUGAAUCUUUAGAUUGAAGCGACUCUAGCUCCAGCGACAUGGAAGACUCUGCCGGAGGUGGUAACUCAAGGAACAAGACUCACGACACUAUAAAAGCCCAAGAGUUUCACUCUCCACACAACUCAAAUUUUAUAAAUUUCAACUAAAACCACUAUUUAC